AUGACACGAGUGUCUAUUGCAUCAAGAUCUACAACUCAAGUGUUUGAUGACAAUGGAAAUGAGAAACAUGAAUUCUCCGCAUCUGAAGUUCUGGAUCACAUGGAAACGGAUUGGAGGUCAAUGUGGAUUUCCAUAUUUCUUCAAUUUGUAGUUGGAGUUCAAGUUUCAGUCUACUACAUGUCUAUGUGGCCGUAUCUUCAAAAACUUGACAAGACUGCAGAUGUGGACUUUUUGGGAUGGAUUAUUGCUUCUUGUAAUAUUGGUUCUACUAUUUCAAAUCCCCUCUACGGCUACUGGAACCAACGUACCAUGUCUGUCAAAAUGCCCGUUAUCAUUGGCUUUCUGAUCGCUGCUGUUGCCCAAAUGUGGUACGGUCUCCUUUCCCUGUUCUCGGAUGCCAAAUGGUUCAUGUUGGCUGCCAGAGUGGUUACAGGUCUUGGAGUCGGUAAUAUAGCCGCAUUGAGGAUCUAUGCAGCGACUGCAUCUACACCAAAAGAUCGAAUGAAGGCGAUUUCCUAUGGAACUGGUGGAUAUGUUUUGGGUAUAUCGUUUGGACCAGUGCUGUCGGCCUUCUUCACUCCUCUUGGAGAGAAUGGCUGGAAACUCGGAUUCCUGCAAAUCAACAUGUUCACAGUUGUCGCCUUUUUAAUGACUAUUGUUCUUCUCGCUGCUUGUGUCAUCGUUCACUUUUUCUUCAACGAGAACUAUGUGGGAAUCAUUGAUGAGAAUGAGAAAGGUUUGAUUGAAGACAAAUCUCGUUUAAUCAAACAGAGUUCAGAAUUGAAUGUGGUCAUCCCCAAGUACGACUUGAUUGGCGCCUUAACCUGUAUUUAUCUGUUCAUGACCGUCAAUAUUAUUGCAACAAACAUUGAAGUGAUGUCUACUCCACUAACAACUGUGCUCUUUGACUGGAAAGACAGUCAAUCCAUCCUCUACAACGGAAUUGCUCUCUGCUGCAGUUGCGUCGUCUCCGUUGCCCUUAACAUCAUUCUCGGAUCGACUCGCCUCGGAAAACUAGACAAACGCAUUCAAAUGCUCAUCGGACUGGGAUUCUUCCUCCUUUACCAAGUGUUCAUGUAUCCGUGGAAGUUCUAUUCGGGGCCGUUGGACUUUCUUCCGGCUGGAAAGGAUACUGAUGUGGCAGGAGGUUGCUAUCAAACUUACGAGUGGUGCAAAUGGACAACUAGAGUCCCAUUAUCCAUUUACCUAAUCUGUUUCAUUGUGUUCUUCGGAGUGGCUUUUCCAUUUGUGGAAUCUCCAUCCGCGGCGCUUUAUUCCGAGAUUCUGGGGCCAAGAAAACAGGGAAAUAUGCAAGGAUUAUUUUCUCUUGGAGGAAGUUUGGCACCAGUUAUUGGAUCAUUGACCUCAACAGCCCUAUUCCAAGCCACCGGAUUCCGUUACGUGAUGGUAUAUCAAGCAGGGAUUCUAGUGAUUGGAGCGAUUCUAAUUGCGUUGUUCUACAAAAGAUUGGUUCCUCUGAAAUUGAAGUCUAUCAAGAGAAAUUGA